AAAAAAAAACUUUAAUUAUUAUUUAUUGUGAACAAGUAACGUGUAACGGACGCGCUAUUUUUGUUGCUUGAUUUUAAUUUUCUAGACAAUGUCCUUUGCAUUUAUCACCAUAUAUUCCCCAUCCAUGACACAUGCAUAUGUUCCUUCAACCAUAAGAACUGAUCAUCAGCUAGCCUUCCUUGAAUUAUAUAUAGAAGAGUUCGAUUCCUUUCAAAUCUUUGUAGGAAACGUGUGAUUGAUCAGUCCAUCGGCUAUUAAGUUCAAGCAGAUCAUUUGAUAUUGCAAGCAAGAGUGACUGAACAACAGACAGAGGAAUUAAGCUAUGGCAUUUGAGCAAGAUCUUAACCUUGAAGCUACCGAACUCCGGUUAGGCCUACCGGGCACCUCCGAUCAGUCAGCUGAGAAGCUAGCAUCUCCGAGUAACAAAAGAGCCUUGCCUGACGUGAAUGAAGAAUCUAUGUCUCGUGAUCACAAUUCUAAUGUGGCAGCAGCUGCUAAAAAUUGUGACCAAGAAACUGCUCCACCCACAAAGGCACAAGUUGUAGGGUGGCCACCCAUCCGAUCUUACAGAAAAAACUGCCUCCAGUCAAAGAAAACUGAGGCUGAAACUGCAGGAAUCUAUGUCAAAGUAAGUAUGGAUGGAGCUCCUUAUCUUAGAAAGAUAGAUUUGAAGGUGUACAAGAGGUACCCAGAAUUGCUUAAGGCCCUGGAAGACAUGUUCAAGUUCAAAGUUGGUGAAUAUUCAGAGAGAGAAGGAUAUAAUGGGUCAGAAUUUGUUCCUACCUAUGAAGAUAAAGAUGGUGACUGGAUGUUGGUAGGAGAUGUACCAUGGGAAAUGUUCAUCAAUUCCUGCAAAAGGCUGAGGAUCAUGAAAGGAUCAGAAGCAAGAGGCCUGGGUUGUGUUGUAUGAAAAUAACCCAUAAUGAUGGAGAAUGAAAUCCAUUGCUCUCAUGAAGACAUAAGAAACCCUUCAGCUUGGGUUAUAAGAUCCAAAAAUUUUUCUUUUUUUUCUGGGCAACAAAGAAGAUCUUAAUACUAGGACUUUGUCUGGGAAAUACAAAUAAACAUUUAUAUGUAUAGUUUGGCAUGUUAGUCCUUAUGGAUUUUGCACAAAGGAAUGGUUUUCCUUUUUUUUUUUUUUCUUUUUCCCAUGUAUUAUGUAACAAGGGAAAUUAUCUUAUUGAGUGAAGGAUAAAUCAAAUCUCCCC